AUGCUCAGACAGCAGCAAGACGAGCCCUUCUUUGCUUGCUCAUCAAGCGACCCGUUCCAGCUGCAUCAUGAGCGCAUGCAGCAGAUGAUGGGGGGUUUCUCUGACCACUUCGGUCACAGGGGUCACGGGGGUCACAGGGCCACGGCUCAGCCCAACACUGGCCCGAACGACCGCAGCAGCCGAGAGCUGGAUUUCUUUAGCAAUCCUUUGGCUAUGAUGGACAGCAUGAGGAACAGGAUGGAGGCCAUGCAUCGAAAUGUUGAGAACAUGCCUUCAGACCCCAACAGCCACUCGUUUUCCUCUUCCUCUGUCAUGACGUUCUCUAAAGCGGGACAUGAGCCGGCCAAAGUCUUCCAGGCCUCGUCUCAGACGCGCUUUGCUCCUGGAGGAAUAAAGGAGACCAGGAGGAGUCUGAAGGACUCUGAGAGCGGACUGCAGAAGAUGUCCAUCGCCCAUCACAUCCAGGACAGAGGCCACGUCAUCGAGAGGAAAGAGAACAGGAAAACUGGAGAGAAGGAGCUCAACCAGGACUUCCAGAACAUGGAUGAAACGGAGGCCCAGUCCUUCGAUGAGGAAUGGCAGAGAGAAGUGUCCCGGUUCCAGGCUUCUGCGCCCAUGUCCCGUCUGGAAGCACCGAGACAGCGAGCGGUUCACCGAGCGGCCAUCACAGCACCACGAGACACUCACAGAAACGACAAAGGACAUCAAACCCAUUAUAAUGAGCUCAACAUUAAAGGCUCGGGCAGGAAGACGCACUAAAGCUCGUUCACAAUAAAACACUCUUGACAGGAA